AUGGUUCGUGCGACGGUGUGCACUCAGGGCCAUCGCUACAUGCCAUGCAUGCCGCUGUAUCCGAACCAGCUGGGCACCCACAUGAUUGCUUGCGGCAGACCCAGGUUCGAAUGCAAUUCCUGCAGUAUGCAGCGGGACAGUGUGGAUGGAAACCUUUCACAUUGCACUGCCGGGUGCGUUGGCCGGUGUCAGCUGCAGACAGGGGAGUUUGCACAGUCCCUUGAAGAACACUUUGAGGUGAUCCCUGAUCACGUGGCAUCAAAAGAGGCCUACAAGCAACAGAAGGACAUUGAAAUGCUGCAGAAGAUGCAGGAGGAGGAAUGA